AACCUAUUAUCAAAGUUUUAAAUGAUGGUGAUAAUGGGAAAAUACAAAAGCCAGCUUCUAUAGCUAAACGAGGUCGAAAGAAGAAAGAGCCUAUUAUAGAAGCUUUAAAUAAUGGUAAUAAUGGGAAAAUACAAGAAAUAAUGGUGUCUAUUAAUCAAAAGGAAAAUAACAAAGUUUAUGUUAGUGAACUUUUAGAAACAAGUGAUGGCUAUCUUUCAGAAGAUGUUAUAAAUAUCAAACAUAAACCUCUUGCACUGAUUACAAAUAACAUACAUAUUAACAAGCUUCAUAAUAACUCAUUAAAUAAUUCAAACGAAGCAACUGAUAGAACUUUAAAUUAUAAUUCACAUUUAAUUAAUACACCUUGUUAUACUACACCAUAUUUAUCAUCACGUUCAACUAAUACAUGUUUAUCUACCACAAUAUCGCGUUCACCAUGUUCGACUGAUACGUGUUCAUCUAUGGCACAUAAUGUGCUUCUAUCUACAUCACGUACGUCACGUUCAACUAAUACGCGUUCAUUUAUAUCUCACUCUAAUAAUACAAAUUUUAAUGAUAAUAUAUUUCGAUCAAAUACAUCUAAUGUGUUUUAUUUGAAUACUUCUUUAAAUAAUAAUACUGUUAUUUGUCUAAUAUUUGACGCUUUCAAUGAUGAUGAGUUUUGUUCGAAUAAUACAUCUUUUUGA